ACAAUGGCAAGGCAAGUACUCCUGUUUAUCUCUCUUCUCGCCGUCGGCUCGGUGCUCGGACAAGUGAGCUAUACAAUACCAGAGGAAAUGACUAAAGGAUCGUUAGUUGGUAAUAUAGCACAAGACUUGGGUUUACAAAUCAAACGGUUGACUUCAGGUAAGGCUCGGAUUUAUGCUCGAGACACCGAUCAGUACGUCGAGCUGAACAGAGAAAGAGGAGUCCUCCUCGUUAAAGAAAGGAUCGACAGAGAGGCGCUGUGCAAACAGACGACGCCGUGUGCUCUACAUUUUCAGAUCAUUUUGGAGAAUCCGAUGGAAUUUUAUACGGUUACAGUGCAGAUCACAGAUAUCAAUGACAAUGCACCUACUUUUAAAAAAACUAAAAUCAUUUUCAAAAUUAGCGAAACGGCGCUCAUCGGGGCAAAAUUUGUUCUGGAAAGGGCUGUGGAUCUGGAUGUUGAAAUGAAUAGUGUUCAGUCAUAUGAGUUAAAACCAAGUGACAAUUUUGCUCUCAAACUGCACAGCAACUCUGAUGGAAAUAAAAAUGUUGAGAUGGUACUACAGAAACCUUUGGACAGAGAGAAACAAGAGCAGAUAUCCCUCGUGUUAACAGCUGUAGAUGGAGGGGAGCCACAGAUGUCAGGAACAAUGCAGAUUCUCAUUACAGUUUUAGACGCUAAUGAUAAUGCUCCGGUUUUUACACAGCAAACAUACAAAGCUACAGUCACUGAGAAUUCACUUAAAGGAACAAUUGUUGCUACUGUUACAGCGUCAGACGCAGAUCAAGGUUCGAAUAGUAAAAUAACAUAUUCAAUCACAAAUGCAGCAGAUGAUGACACCAGAAUAUUUGAGAUUAAUGAGGAAAACGGGAAUGUUGUAUUAAUUGGAAUAAUUGACUAUGAAAAGUCAAGAAACUAUCAAAUAAAUUUACUUGCUAGUGAUGAUGGUGGACUCACGGAUUCGUGCAAAUUAAUUGUCGAUGUGCAAGAUGUAAACGACAACAAACCUGAAAUCAACAUAAUGUCGAAGUCAGCUGUGAUAUCAGAGGAUGCUAAUCUCAACACAGUAGUUACGAUGAUAAACAUUGAAGACAAGGACUCGGGGGAAAACGGAAAAGUGCAGUGUUUUAUGAGUGAUAACGUACCUUUCGAAUUAAGAGCAUCUUCAAAUAAUUUCUAUACCUUAGUAACAGACAGUGAUUUAGACAGAGAGAGAGCCUCUGAGUAUAACAUCACUGUGACCUGCUCUGAUGAGGGAGUGCCCUCCCUCUCCAGCAGCGUCACUCUCACCUUACAAAUAACAGAUAUAAACGACAACGCCCCUAUAUUCAAAAUGAAAGAUAUGGUAUUUGAAAUAAGCGAGUCGGCUGUAAAGGGGUCAAAAUUUAUAUUAGAGAAAGCACUGGAUUCUGACGUUGGAAUAAAUGGGCUUAAAAGCUACUCCCUUAACCCAACAGAUAAUUUUGCUUUGAAACUCAACGACAACACUGAUGGGGGGAAAGAAGUAGAGAUGGUUUUGGAAAAACCUCUUGAUCGAGAGAAAGAGGAGCAGCUGACUCUUACACUAACAGCCGUCGACGGAGGUGAACCUCAGCUCUCGGGGACAGUGCAAAUUCAUGUAACUAUAUUAGACGCCAAUGACAACGCACCUGUUUUUACACAGUCAACGUACAAAAGUAGUUUAAUGGAAAAUUCUCCAAGAGGAACUCAACUGAUUACUGUUACAGCCACCGAUAAAGAUGAAGGAACAAAUGGUUUCGUAACAUAUUCGAUAUCAAAUAACAUUGAUGGAAUUUUUGAUUUAUUUGAAAUACAUGAGACAAGCGGGGAAGUACGGUUGAUCGGAAAUGUAGAUUAUGAAACAUCGAAACAUUAUCAGCUCAAUAUUAAAGCCAAAGAUCAGGGUGGACUCAGUGACUCGUGUAAAAUUAUUUUUGAUAUUACUGAUGUAAAUGAU